AUGUCCUCCAAAUGCCAAGAUCCCCUAGAGGCUCUUCCAUUUGAGGUGGCAAAGGUAAUAUUUGAACAGCUGCGUACGCACGAUCUAGUAAUAUGCUUGUCUGUAAGUAAGAGCUGGAAGAACUUGCUGGAAUCUAUGACGAAUCUAUGGACUACGAUAAUCACGACUGAUAAAUGUCAACCAAUUACCUUGAAAGUUCUAAGAUCGUAUCUCAGGGUCUCUAGUUACAGCGUCAAUCGCGCUUUAGUUGGUAUAAAGUUUUUUGAAGAUGAGUCCAACGUCAGACAUCUUAUGGAAACUUGUCACCAGUUGCAAGAUGUAAGGAUUUCUGGCGAAGAUCAAUUUACUAUUUCACACGCUGCUUCUUUAGCUAAAUCCUCAGGGAUUAAAAAACUUUACUUUUCGCCAAAGACUAUAAUAGAUGUUCCCACGAUGAUUUCUUCACUUGAGGCUUGUCAAAAGACAAUUGAAGAGGCCGAAUUUUUGUGUCUCAUCGAAAAACGCUCCCCGUCAAAAUUUCCAUGGCCAAAAAUGAGUGCUCUUAGAAGUAUCCACUUGCAUUUCCGCCAAAGAUGUGAGUUGGAACUGUCAGGUCUGAUUGAAGUUACUCCAAACAUCCGUUCUUUCAUGAUCUACAGGGCUUAUAUACGGGAUAAAUUGAGGCUUGAUAUGACGCAAUGGCCUAAUCUAGAAACAUUAGACCUCAAGAAGACCAAACUUCGCAUCUUUCCUAAACUUCCGUCGAGUUUGAAACAUCUAACCCUUGAAAAAAAUUACGGCUUAACUUUCAGGAGCAAUGACGAUAAUGGCAAUUAUUCACUUCCCCUUCUGGAGACCUUCACAAUCCAAGACAACAAAGUGGAAGUCUCAACCAUAUGGGAAAUAACAAAAAGUUGUAUACAAGCCAAUAAGCUCAAAGCCCUAAUCUGUGGUAGGCUUUCACCUGCAACUCCAACAAAGGCUGACCCCCACGAAUAUUUUCCUCCAUCCUCCACACUAGAAGAGCUUUCGUUGGAGGGAUUCAGAAUUGGUAAUAGUGAAAUUCUUACCAUAGCUAGACUCUAUCCAAGGCUUAAGAAAAUUAAUGUUUCUCAAACCUUUAUAUCUCUAGUCGGCUUUCAGGAGCUGGUCGAAAUUGGGAUGAAGUCAAUCAAUAUUGAUGGAUCUUUGGAGGUGCAUCCUAGAUAUGUUGAAGAGGCGGAGAAAAAGGGCGUGGAAGUUUCCAUGAAAGCCAUGAAUAACCAUUACUGGAUGGGGAAUAGAAUCAUAAAAUUAGUACCUGGUUAA